AUUGAUUAAGUUCUUUUCUAAGUCAUCAAUUAAGAGUAACCACGAACGAUAUCCUCCUCCGUUUCUCUAUUUACGUUGUGUAACGCUGAUUAGUAAGAGAAUAUUAAUAGAGGGCUCAAGCAUUCCAGCCCAGACAGCGUAUCCUUAACAGUUCGACCUAUCUUUCGUUCACGCUCCAAUUAAAAUUAUUCAGCAAAGAUGGCUUCAACAUCGCCUCGCUCCAACGCCCCAGCCGACAUCCCACCGCAAUUGUCAGAUCUACAUUGCUUCACCGAGACCGAAGGCGUCGUCACGACGACUAUGUUUGACAUUCCGGGGUACCGAGUAGUCAAAGUACUUGGCACAGUCUACGGCCUAACAGUUCGUUCACGCAACUGGGCUGCAAGCAUGGGUAUGGUGAUUAAGAGUAUUGCGGGCGGGGAGCUACGCUGGUUCACAAGCAUGCUUUACUCAGCAAGAAACGAUGCUAUUACUCGAGUUGUUUCCGAAACUAAGGCACGCGGCGGUAAUGCCAUCAUCUGCCUCCGCUUUGAGACAGGCGACAUGGGUAACUUCUCACAAUGCAGUGCUUAUGGCACCGCUGCCGUAAUUGAGAAGAUCGACCCUGAUACGCAUAUUCCGCCACAGCUCAAUAACUAAUUGUGGUAAUAAUUCCUUCUUGUAGGAGUUGGCUAUGUUACUGGUAUCAUGGGGCCGUUAGGAUUUGAGGAUUGUUCAGAUCUAGUCAACGACGAAGGUUGUUAUUUACCGA